UCAAGAAACACGUGCUGAUCCUGCCGAAGAUAAUAAGUUUCGAGUGUGAGUAAGGAAAAUUUACAGUAGAGUUAUGACAGAAUUAUUUUUAUUUUUUCAACAGUCGACGCUUUAAAUUAAUUGCAUCAGAGUAACUUUGACCAAAAUAACGCCAUCUCUCGGGUUUACCUUGCGUUGACUUUCAAACCACGUGCUUUGUAGUAGGGUAUUUAAAUGUGAGGUGAGAUGAGAUGCUGUUCAGAAAAGUCAUGUCUAACUUACAGAGAACCGUUUACGUUUGGUCCGAAGUUCAUAACCUGUUACCGUGCUUGCGAUCGUCUUUACCUGAGCUUAAUUUUAAACAGAUAAGAUUAGCUGAGGAAUGUAAAAAAUGCACAGAAAUCCUUCCAGAAGAAAUUGAAAUAUUGAAAGAUGCUGAAAUCCUAAUUACUGAUGCUGCCGUCAUCUCAAAGAUAUUAGAUUAUAUUCCAAAUAUGAAAUGGGUGCAGUCAACUUGGGCAGGAGUUGAAGCUAUCUUUCAAAAUUUUGAUAAAAGUAAACUUCCAAAGUUUAUUUUUACUAAACUUGGAAAUGAAGGAUUUGCUGAUUAUAUGGCUGAAUAUAUUAUAGCACAAAUUAUAAUCAAUGAAAGAAAAUUUUAUGAAAUGUGGGAUGAUCAGAAAGAAAAUAAAUGGACUCUUAGAAAAAUAGAGAGAGGUCGAUUACUGGAAAAUCUUACUGUUGGAAUUUUAGGAGUUGGGGCUAUAGGAAAAAGAGUUGCCAAAUUUCUUAAACAAAGAGGAUCUAUUGUUUAUGGAUUUGCAAAACAUCCAAGAACAGUUGAAGAAUUUGGAAGUUUUGAUAACAUUUUUACAGAUAUUUCAGAAUUGUUGAAACAGUGUGAUUAUAUUUGUAAUGUGUUACCAAGUACAUCAGAAACAAAAGGAUUAUUAAAUGGAAAUACUUUACAAAAAUGUUUAAAGAAACCGGUUUUCAUAAAUAUUGGAAGAGGUGAUAUUAUUAAAGAAGCAGAUUUAAUUCAUGCCUUGAAUGAAAAAUGGAUUUCAAGAGCAGUAUUAGAUGUAUUUCAAACAGAGCCAUUGCCAUCAGAUAAUCCACUUUGGAAAACACCAGAAGUAAUUAUAACACCACAUAUUGGAGCUAUAACACAAUACCACCAAGUUGCUGAAUGUUUUAAAGAAAAUUAUAAAAGAUUCAUUUCUGGAAGAGAACUGCUAUAUACUGUUGACUGGAAUAAAGGCUACUAGAAUUAGGAAAUGAAGAUUUAUUGUAUCAUAUGAAAUUGAUAAAAAUUUGAUAUUUUUUUAAAUAAAAUAAUUAUUUUACUCAGGAAAUUAAAAAAUUAAUAUAAAAAGAAA